GGGAACUGGCCAUAUCUGAAUUUCAUGUCCUCCUCAGUGGGGCGUGCCUCUGUACAGUUGCUGAAGUUCUGCCGGACGAUGUGAGUCGUACAAAAGCCCGAAUGAGGUCAUUACCGAUCAGUCACUGUUCGAUCUUUCUGAGAGCAGGAUGCGAGCCGUGUACAGCUGCCUUCUAUUGGUGAUUUACAACAGCCAUCUGACGUUUCUAGUUUCAUCCAAAAACUGUACAGAUGGAUACAUGAGGCCAUCAAAUAGCACGUGUAUAGAUGAGGAUGAAUGUAAUGGAACCUCUGCACAAACGCUGUGUGGCAACAACGCUGAUUGUCGCAACACAGUGGGAAGCUACUACUGUACCUGUAAGGCAGGAUAUUUCCACCCGAGCAAACAACGUAACUUCACAGACGGCAGAGGCUGCAAAGAUGAGGAUGAAUGUAAUGGAACUUUUACACAAACACGGUGUGGCAACAACACUGAUUGUCACAACACAGAGGGAAGCUACUACUGUACCUGUAAGGCAGGAUAUUUCCACCCGAGCAAACAACGUAACUUCACAGACAGCAGACGCUGCGAAGGUGGGUGGUGACACUCACAUUUUUGUAUUUAAUACAUUACUGUUUUGCCUCACUGGGGAGCUUGUGCUUUGAACUUGGCAUGAAUGGGAAGAGGCAUAGCAGCUGGUUUCAGGUACAUGGAGGAGUAUUGGAAAAUCAACAGACAAUAGACAAUUGGUGCAGGAGUAAGCCAUUCGGCCCUUCGAGCAAGCACCGCCAUUUAAUGUGAUCAUGGCUGAUCAUCCCCAAUCAGUACCCCGUGCCUGCCUUCUCCCCAUAUUCCCUGACUCCGCUAUCUUUAAGAGCCCUAUCUAGCUCCCUCUUGAAAGUAUCUAGAGAACCGGCCUACACCGUACUCUGAGGCAGAGAAUCCACAGACUCAC